UGUACUCGAACCAAUUCGAACACUCGAUUUGUAAUGUCUGGAUUUGGAUUUCGCGGGAAUUUGAGGCAUUGUCUUCGCGCCCGAAGCAGUGGACUCCGGGAAAGUGUCGCGACUAGAACAUUCGGUGAGUCGAAGAGCACAUUCCACCAUGGGAAUUCACGGGCUUGCAAAGUUGAUUGCAGACCAGGCACCAUCUGCUAUAAAGGAACAAGACAUCAAGAACUACUUUGGGCGGAAAAUAGCAAUAGACGCCUCCAUGUGUAUGUAUCAGUUCCUUGUCGCUGUCAGACAGGAUGGUAAUGUGCUCCAAAACGAGAAUGGGGAGACCACAAGCCAUCUCAUGGGCAUGUUCUACCGGACUAUCCGCAUGCUGGAGCACGGGAUCAAGCCUGUCUAUGUGUUUGAUGGCAAGCCCCCACAGCUGAAGUCAGGAGAGCUGGAGAAGAGAGGAGAGAGGAGGGCUGAGGCUGAGAAACUGCUGGCCCAGGCACAGGAAGCAGGGGAGCAGGAGAACAUUGAUAAGUUCAGUAAACGUCUGGUGAAAGUCACCCAGCAACACAACGACGAGUGCAAGAAGCUGCUCACCCUGAUGGGGGUGCCAUACAUCGAGGCUCCGUGUGAGGCCGAGGCGAGCUGUGCUGCUCUGGUUAAGGCUGGGAAGGUGUUUGCCACUGCAACAGAGGAUAUGGACGGUCUGACUUUUGGAACAGGGGUCCUACUAAGGCACCUCACUGCCAGCGAAGCCAAAAAGCUUCCUAUCCAGGAGUUCCAGUUCACUCGCCUUCUGCAGGACAUUAAUCUGACCCAUGAGCAGUUCAUAGACCUGUGCAUACUGCUGGGCUGUGACUACUGUGGUACCAUCAAGGGAAUCGGGCCCAAGAGAGCCAUUGACUUGAUCAGACAACACGGCUCCAUCGAGGAGAUUCUGGAGAACAUCGACUCGUCUAAGCACCCUGCCCCAGAGGACUGGCUGUAUAAGGAAGCCAGAGGGCUGUUCCUGCAGCCUGACGUGGUGGACUGCUCCACCGUAGACCUCAAGUGGAGCGAGCCUGACGAGGAUGCCCUCAUCCAGUUCAUGUGUGCAGAGAAACAGUUCAGUGAGGACCGCAUCAAGAACGGCUGUAAGAAGAUUCUGAAGAGCCGACAGGGCAGCACACAGGGACGACUGGACACCUUCUUCACCAUCACAGGGUCUCUGUCAUCAAAACGCAAGGAACCUGAGACAAAGGGAUCCAACAAGAAGAAACAGAAGACCGGUGCAACCCCAGGCAAAUUUAAGAAGGGCAAAUAGACUACAAACAGGAAGUGAAGCAAGUAAAGCAGAAGUUAGUGCAGGAGUGUAUGAAUCACUUAGCUACAAUUACUUGCUACAAUUAUAGUGUGUCUGAUCAAGUCUGUUUUUCAUGUUGAACUAGGCAAGUUUUAUGAAUUUAUUUUUUUGUUGAAUAAAAGUAAAAAUUAUGGA